AUGGAGCUAAGAGAGUCGGUGGUAGAGGUUAGAAGGGUGAAUGACAGAUUGAUGGCGAUUAAGGUAGUAGUUGGAGGGAGCACUUUGAAUGUCAUUAGCGUUUAUGCGCCGCAAACGGGCUUGGAAGAGGAGGUAAAAAGGCGCUUCUGGGAGGCGCUAGAUGAGGUGGUACGGGGCAUUCCGCCUACGGAGAAGCUAUUCAUAGGAGGGGAUUUCAAUGGUCAUAUUGGGUCAUCUGCUGGUGGCUAUGGUGAGGUGCGCGGUGGCUUCGGCUUUGGUGAUAGGAACGGGGGUGGUACCUCACUGUUGGAUUUCGCUAGAGCUUUUGAGUUGGUGAUCGUGAACUCUAUGUUUCCAAAGAGAGAGGAGCAUUUGGUUACUUUCCGGAAUAUGGUGGCUAAGACUCAAAUUGACUAUCUCCUUCUCAGGAGGUGUGAUAGUGGGUUGUGCGAGGAUUUCAUGGUGAUCCUGAGUGAGAACCUCGCAACUCAACAUAGGCUUCUAGUGAUAAACAUCGGUAAAGUGGAAGCCAAGAAAGCGACGUACAUUAAGUUAGUUGAGAGCAUCGAUGAGGAUCAGAGGAGAGAAAACAUAGAAAGAUAUAAGGAGGCUAGGAAGGAGGCAAAAGUAGCAGUUACAGAGGCUAAGACUGAUUCUUUUGGUCGGCUUUACGAGGAACUUGGGGGCAAAGGUGGUGAUAAGAAAGGGGGAUGGAAAUAUCGUGUUAGGGCAAUUGGGGCACUCCGAGGUCAUCGAGACUUUAGGUAUUGUAGGCGCAUUAAGGUUGAGAAAGUUGUGGGUGCGAUGGGUAAGAUGAGUUGGGGCAAAGUGACCAGACCUAACGAGAUUGCAGUAGAGUUUUGGAGAUAUGCGGGUAGAGCAGGCUUGGAGUGGCUGACUGGAUUGUUUAAUGUUAUCUUCAGGACAGAGAGGAUGCCUGAUGAGUGGCGGUGGAGUACAAUGGUUCCUGUGUACAAGAACAAAGGGGAUAUCUAG